AUGGUCCCACUGUGGGACAACAGCACUUUUGGUGGUGGGGACCAUUAUGAGCUGCUCGAGCCGGCUGAGGAAAAACAAAUCGGGGAUUCCCUUGGGUUCGACUUGAAUGGUGGGGACAUGACCAUUGUUGUUGCAGGUGAGGUGAUUGAAGCUGAUUCUGAUGACGACUCGGAAGAAGAUCAUGAUGCGGCCCCAGAGGUUUCCCGUGUAGAAGCACUAGCGCUAUGUCAGCGGCUUGAAGGAGCAUGCCUUCAGCAUGGACAUUCUCAGGACUCAACACACACACUUGAUUUGUUAAAGCAAAUCCGUCGUUUCUGUGUCCAAUUACAAUGCGAGGAGCUACUCCAUGUGAGGCAGACAACGUUAGAUUCGUUUUGUGUGAGGUGGGUCCCGACGUUAUACGUUAUGGGAUAG